AUGCCUCUCGUCGUGCCAGGAGUCACCAGCCAGCCAAACAGCAAGACAGAGGAGUGGUCCAACAAGUUGGUCGGCAAGAAGAUAACCGACGAUGAGGCCUCCAGCGAGAUCUCUUUCGCAAAGCGAGAGCUUCCGGAAGCCCACAGGAUCAUUCAGCCAGGCGGAAUAGUGACCAAGGACUUCGUUCCUGACAGGCUCAACGUCCACGUCAAGGAUGAUGGCACAGUCUCCCACGUCACUCAUGGUUGA